UGGCGGGGCCGGGGCGGGGCCGGGGCGGGAGGAUCGGGACUUCGGGUCUUAAAGGCUGCGUUGCGGCGCUCGAGCGCACAGCGUCUCGGCCCGCCUCCGCCCGUCUCUGCCGCGAGUCUUCUGCUAAGCCACCUGCCGAGUGUGUGUCCUGUUCCAGGCCGCCAAGUGCCACAGCUGAGUGAAAGGGAGCAGGAGGCUCCAGCGCUGCCGGUGCCAUGGAUGCCAAGGUCGGCAAUGGAGCAGGCACCCGGGGUGAGCUCGUGACAGACCUGCUGGUGUUUGGCUUCCUCUGCAGCCGCGACAACAGUAAUUUCCACUCUGAGCUGAAGGCACUGGGCCAGGAGCUGCCUGGUAGGCCGGAGGUAGACCAUGACGAUGAGCUGCAGACGGACGGCAACCGGCUCAGCCACUUUCACGGGGGAAGAAGAGAGGCAGAUUCUGAAAGUCAAGAAGAGCUAAUUCAGCACAUCGCCUCACAGCUGGCCUUAAUCGGGGAUGAGAUGGAGCACAAGAUCCAGGCCUCCGUGGUGCACCAGCUGAGCACGCAGCUCAGGGACUCCAGUCUGACACCUGAGGGCAGGAGGCACUGCCUGGCCGCCACCCUGGGGGAGGUGAUGCAGACCUGCCCCGCAGACGUGGAGCAGGAGAAGGCCGUGCUGAUCAUGACCAUGCUGCUGGCCAGAAAGGUGGCUGAUCACACACCACGCUUGUUCCGUGUGGUCUAUGACACAGUUGUGGACUUUAUUAACCAGAACCUGCUCACCUACGUGAGGGAUUUAGUCAGAAAUGAGAGGGACUGAGUGGAUGGCUUGCAGGAGCACUACUGGCUAAAACUUGACAUGGUGACACCAGCAUAGAGAACCUCCAAAGGAGGAGAUACCGUGGCCACGAAAAUCAAUGCCUCAGAGAGGACAGGUGCUGGACAUCAACUUUUCUCUCUCAUCUUCAGGAUGGUAUUUAAGCCGGCUACUUGCUGAGCAGCGUCUGCACUGACAUACUUGAAUAACAGAAUGCAAGCCUGGUGAUGUUUAACAGGUUUGCUGUCAGCUACAUCUGCACCUGUGCCUUAUUUCAGCUGUCCAGGUUUCCACUUAAAUUGAAUCGAAAAGCAGACUGUGAGGCAGAAGAAAAGAAUCAUACUUAAAUUUUUUGCUAAAAAAGUUACUGUUUAUUAAAGUACAAUCUUGAGCAUGGUCUUAACAUCAGCUUGUCCUGUUUGAGGAAAGCAAGGCUCAGAGGAAAAUUGCAUAUAGCCUUACAAAAGGGAGGAAUUCCACCCAGACGAGAGGUCUCUAAACAGCACAGAAGCCAGUCUGCUGUGUAGACCAGGUGGCGCAGAGUUUUGGCCUCAGGUGCUGCUGGCAAAUAUGGGAAACUCCGACCUGCAUAUUAGGUGUGCAGCAUUUCCAGCUCUGUUCUCCUGAGCCAAGGAGGACCUCAGGCAUUGACAGUUGUGAUUGGUGAUGUAAAGGCCCAUGUCAGUGACUGUUUUUCAAAGUCAGGUACUUAUAUGUACUGUUUUUCUUUCUAAUAAAUGAAAGCAUUGAUAAAAAUUUCA